AUCGUGAGAAUGUUAACAAAUUUAGCGAACGUAUAGGGCAAUAGUUUCUCGACAUAAACAUUUACAAAGCUGACCAAAUAUUCUUCACACACACCUAGCUGCUGAAAGACGGACUUACUAUACAUGUUCUGAACAUGUAUAAUAAGAACAGUGUAAUAAAGAACAAAAGGCACGGUACCGUGACUGGUAUAAUAAUAUCUUUAUUUCUACAAGUAUAUGUACAAGGUAUACAGGUCUAGCUGAUAUCAUUGACAUACUACUGUACAGAAAGCAGCUUGUUUUUACCUGGAGUUUACCUGGAGAGAAUUCCGGGGGUCAACGACCCCGCGGCCCGGUCUGUGACCAGGCCUCAUGGUGGAUCAGAGCCUGAUCAACCAGGCUGUUACUGAUGGCUGCACAUACAGAGCAUAUAGGGCAAAUUAGGUCAGUUUUGUCCCAGGAUGCGACCCACACCAGUCGACUAACACCCAGGUACCCAUUUUACUGAUGGGGAACAUAGAUAGCCGGUGUAAGGAAACACCCUCAGUGUUUCUACCCCUUCACCGAAAAUCGAACCCGGACUCUCGCCGUGUGAAGCGAGAGCUUCAGCCACAAGGCCACUAGCCACAAAUUAGAUUAGAUUAGAUUAGUUUAAUAUGUUUAUUAUGCACCCCAUACCCAUCCUGUGGGCGGUAGUCAAAAGAUUACAGAGGUACAUAAUUGGUCCAGGGACUGGACUCCAAAGUUUUGAUAACUGAGCAAGUUACAGAGGUAAUGAACUCACAAUUUACAAAGAAUUAUGAUUCGGCACUUAGUCUUUGUCUAUGGGACUUUGAAGCGAAAUGAGCCUAACCACCACUGGCUGACAAAUAAAGAAAAUGGGGAGGCAAGACUAAUAAGUAAAGGGACAACGCAAGAGAAAUAUCCACUAGUAAUAGGAUCACGUUUCAACAUUCCCUAUGUCUUGGCUGCUCCUGACAUAGGAGAGAACAUUGAAGGAGAAGUCUACGAAGUUGAUAACAAAAUGCUCUCAAUGCUUGACAUGAUGGAAGAUCAUCCAGAAUAUUAUGAAAGGAAGAUAAAGAAGAUUUGCUUGAAAGACUCGGACGAGGUGAUUGAUUGCUGGAUCUAUUUGCUAUUCAUGUACAAGCAACAGAUGAUGGAGCUGCCCUUUCUCAAAACUUACUCCUCAUAUGGUGACCACGGGAAGAAUUACGCUGUUAGGGAGUCACGUGGGGAUGUUGGACGGGAAUAUUGGUCCGAUGUGAAAAUUAUGGAUUAACUUUUGCCUGAAGCGUCAUGAGCUCCUGUCAUCUAGACUUGUAUUUCUCUUAUUAAUCUUUUUAUUUUAUUAGUUCUAUUAAAUAACUAUGUACAAUACAAAGGAAGUAUGUAUAGUCUGUACUGAACUUUUUACCUGCGCUAUUGGUAUGUUCUCUAAUUUUUUAUAACUGAACUUUUAAAAAUGUUUGCUAAUGCGAAUUUACAAAGAAAAAAAACGUAGUAAUUAGUAGUAAUUUAUAUUGAAUUAUGGGUACUAAUAAACGUCUGCCGAACACUUAACUCUGCAUCCCUAAAUGUACGUAUUACUUCUUCAACCUCAUCCUUAUUACUUGUUCUCGUCACUCUUACCCACUCUACGCCAUCUACCUCUUUCGCUCGUAGUAGCAACUACUGAAUGAACUGAUAUAUCACCUCUCAGAAAUAUGCACAUCCAGUCUCUUCAUCAGUCUUUUAUCAAACUGCUGUCAUUAUGCCCUAUAUUAUAUCCUGAACUUAUUUAUCUAUUUUUUUCUUCUAAAAUACACAUUGCCUAUUACCGAACCUCUUUCUGUAUACACAGUUAUAUUAGAGGCCCACAUUAUUAUUUACUAGUGGCACCCCAUGUCACAUACAAAAGUUUCUCCCACUAUCAUUUAGGUCCCCACAAUUAUUUUCUCACUUGAUUCAAAACUUCCUAAAUAUUUGCUUAACAUCUAUUAAAAUGCUCCUCUUCUCUACACACCUCUUCUCCAGGUGCAUAAAUAUUAUAACCUACUUCUAACAUCCCACCCUUAUUUUAAUCAACAUAAUUCUUGAAUUUCAAUAAUAUAAUUCCCUCUUGUCCUUCCAUAGUUAACUAAAUAUUACCACUAACCUUUCAUAACCUCUUGUUCUCUCAGAUACACACUUCAUUUUACUACAUUUAUUGUUAUCCCUUUUGGUUAGUCUUACAACAUCCACCUUCCUUUCAUUCACAAUAUUAACAAUCAGUUCUUCUCAUCCGUGCUUCACCAAUUUAUUUCAUCAUUUUAUUUAGAAAAUUAAAAUUUACACAGCUUAAGGUGGAUCCCAAGAAUUUGUUUAAUGAAGCACAAGAACACUGAAAGUUUGAAGGCUAUAUUAUAAGACGUUCUUCGGUAACUGAUUGGAUUUCAGCGACUUCAUUUUUUUAAUUUUUAGGUAAUUUUUAGGUGAAUUUUUAGCUUGUCUUUCUUCUUAUCGAAUGCAUCGAUGUUAAUAUUUGAAGCUGAUCAGAUUCCUUUAAUUCCAAAUUUCUUAACUAAUUUAUAGUCUCAUAAAUGUCUCGUGUGCAUUUUUUUUUUUUGAAAGAGUAUUAAGAAUAGUGUCAUAGUGUUUCUUACGAAGAAUAUAAUCAGAAAAGUGACGGUGGUCAUCCUGGACCACCAUUGAAAAGUUAUGUUUGAUCCAAUAUAUUUGGGACGUCUUUUUUUUCGAGAAAUUAAAUAUAGCCAUGCUAUAAAUCAAAUGAAAAGUAAUUAAUGCAACUAAAUUGCUACAAAAAAAAAUCGUAAUAUUUCGAGGCGAUCAAUAAAAGUGAUUUCAAAUAAUAAGGUGUCUUCAUUUUUCAACGACUUCCAUGGUAUUUAAAUGUAAAUGUAAGAAUUAACCAGAAAAAUACGAUUCAGUGUUACAUUUUGAUAGUUGCUGGCGUCGUGUACAGGAAUUUGAGGUAGAAAGUAAUUAUUCUGUACAUUCAGAUCAGGCUCAUUUUCCCUUGUUAAAAAUCUUUUAUCUACUGUUUGCCUUUUUUUUAACUUUGUAUUUUUACAGUAACUCACAUUCCACCGAAUCUUCAGCUGCCGUAAGUUUAUAAGUGAACCAUUAUUAUACAGUCAUACUGAUCAUCUUUCCAUGUUGAAUAAUUCUUGUUUCUAAUAAAUUAAAAAAAAAAAAUUCUUCACUAUCUUUUGCCACAAAAGAUUUUUUUGCCUUACUUAUUACACAGGACACAUACAUCAUUUACUUUUUCUCUUUCCACAAACUAGUAUGUCUGUCCUCACUGAGGUCUCCACUUUACUUCUCCAUUUCAUUAAGUGUUCCCUGUAAAAUUGUUUUAUUAUUAUUAUUAUUACUUGUAUCAUUGCAAAAAAAAUUUAAAUCAU